CGGUGGUCGCACACGGCAUAUGGGUGCGCGCUCCCGCCACACGCGACUCUACAAACUUCGCUCGCGACAUACGACCGUCUGACACAUCGCGAACUGGAAAAUAAAAAAAACACCCACCAACCAGCGUGAGACGUCUCGCCAGACGGAACCGCUUAAAUACUCGUAAAACCCGCGGCACGCGCUCCCAAGUCGUAAAAUAAUCGUAAAAAGUAAACACACGUCAACUGGCCUUUAUCGCCAACGAAGCCCAUUAUGACGCUUGAGUGACGUUGAAGAGGCAAUAAAAUUAAUAAAGGUUAAUAUUCACUGUCAGAAUUUGGAGUGACAUUGGCGGAGGUCGCGUUAUCAGGGCGCGUGGGACCGCGAUAUGACAUAAGUGGUCUCUAUAAGUGACGUUAGUGACAGUGACUUUUCAGAAUGAACUCUUAUUUCGAGCAGGGUGGUUUUUACGGGGCGCAUGGGGUGCAUCAGGGGAGUGGAGGAGGAGACCAGUACAGAGGAUUCCCUCUGGGGCUGACAUACGCUCAACCCCAUGCAUUGCACCAACCACGUCCUCAGGACUCUCCUUACGAUGCCUCUGUCGCGGCCGCCUGCAAGCUGUACGCAGGAGAGCAACAGUACGCCAAAGCUGACUGUUCGAAGGGCGGAGGGGAGCAGCAGAAUGGUUACGGAGGGAAAGAAGCAUGGGGCGCUGGUCUAGGAGCGCUCGUCCGACCAGCAGCCUGCACCCCUGAAGCUCGGUACAGCGAGUCCUCAAGUCCUGGAAGAGCCCUACCCUGGGGAAACCAAUGCGCCCUACCAGGUUCAGCAGCAGCUACAGCGCAGCCCGUCCAGCACCAAGCCCCCAACCACACCUUCUAUCCUUGGAUGGCCAUAGCAGGUAUCACAGAAUCAUUCAUAAGAGCGAAUGGACUCAGAAGGCGAGGGAGACAAACCUACACGAGAUAUCAAACGCUAGAGUUAGAGAAAGAGUUCCAUACAAACCACUACCUCACGCGAAGGAGACGCAUCGAGAUGGCGCAUGCUCUCUGCCUCACAGAGCGACAAAUCAAAAUAUGGUUCCAGAAUCGAAGGAUGAAAUUAAAGAAAGAAAUCCAGGCUAUAAAAGAGUUAAACGAACAGGAGAAACAAGCGCAAGCGCAAAAAGCAGCAGCGGCUGCUGCGGCGGCAGCGGCAGCGGCGCAAGGGCAUCCCGAGCACUAAGCCCGCCACGCUAUUUAUUAUGCAGUGAUAAAUACAAUUCGCAGUCCGCCGAACACUCCUUAGAUUUGUGUUUGUAAAUUGUUUAUAAUUAUUUUUCGUUAUUUAAGUGUUGUUCGGUUGUUGUGAUUAUUUUUUAAAUUAAUUUUUACUAGACACACUGUUUUUCUAAUUGAACGAACAAUAAACUGUUGAAUGCUAGAAUAGAAACGGGUCGUAUUAUUUUUGUGUUUCGGGUGUUUUGUUUUUGUUGAUUUAUUGAAUUAUUUUAUAUUUUAAUUCGCGCUAUCGUCGAAGAUGUUCGCGUUCGGAAACCAGUGCAAUUUGUAGAAAUCUCUUCCGUGUAACAUAGUGUAGGUGUAUCGUAGUGCGUUUUACGUUAUGUGCGACCGUAGCGCCCCCAGUUCGGCAGCGUCGGCGAGACGAACUUUAUUACAUUGUACAAAUUUAAUAUGCCUACCAAAGAGACCCGGUCUCGUACCCUUAAUGUCUAAGUAAGAAAGAGUCGUAAGUUAAAUUAAUUAUCUGCUGUCUUUCUAACAUCAGACUAAUGUGUAAACAGAUAACCUUCCGCGCCAUCUUAAUCCUUCAAUACUCUCGCAUAAGUUUAUAGUGUAAACGUGAUCGUGUUCCUGCAGUUUUAAUAGUCGAUGAAGUUAAACAAAUUGCCAUAAAUAUAAGUAGGUAUUAUUUAGAGUAGCCGUGUAAAUAUUUAGGGUUAUGUAUGGAAGUGUGCGGUUCGCGGUGCGGCUGCGCAGCGCAGGCGCCGUGGAAUGGGCAGAAAAAGCUACGGGGAGAGUGCAGGCGGGUGCGCGGUGAAGGCGGAGCGAGGAGGAGCGUGCGCCGCUGGCCACCGAACAGGACUAGGUGGUCGUCGCGUGUAAAGCGUUCUCGAUGCUUUGGUAGGCUAAGAAUUUUACGUAAGUUAGCGCGCUCCAAAUUUUAUAAGAAGUAAGCAUUCCCAUUGUUGGGAAAAAACGUAUGUCUUUAGUUUCGAUCGUCACUUGUUCCCCACUUGCCCCGAAACGGUUUGACUCACAAGAUCAAGAUAUCAAACUCGACUGUCGAAUAAAUUUUUGAGCCAGCCCACAUGAACGCUUAGGCAAUCGACUGCCGAAGAUUUAUUGUCAAAAUUUCCCGUUAGUAACGCUUACCGAGCACACUCCGCGUAUCACUAUUUCACAAAUAAAAGAACCAGUCGCGAUAUCAUCGUCGACUAUAAAUUAUAUGAAGCUCGGAUGAAAAAUACGCGGUUUCGUGUCCGCUUAUUUAUCGCUUAGCUUGACUUAUGUAUGAAUACAUUAUCAGAGACUAUAUUAAAUAGCCCUAUCGCUUAAUAUUAAUCAGCUUCUGUCGAUAUAUUACGUAAACGAUUGUGAAAUGAGAAGCACGUCUGCGCUGUUGAAGCGAGUCAAAGUUAGUAAGAGGUAGACGUUCGAUGAGGACAUGGUGUUAGUAGCGAGAUUGUCGGUAUCACACUAGCUGAUCUGCUAUCACGUUCCAUCGGCACAGUGGCUGUUCCACGCUAGGAAUAGGUCGAGUUCCCGCGUUUGCCGUGAUAUAUUGUUCCGCAUCUCCCUGUAUAAAUCUUGAACGCCUGCUGAGGUACACGGGACACGGCCGCCGCUCCGCAACGCCGAGCUUCAAAUGGAAUUGUAUUUUUAUUUAUCGUGCGAAUUGUACCCCACUAUCGCUCACUCGAAAUCGCAUUUUAUCUGCCAAAAUGCCGAGUUGAAUCGAUACGAACCUAAUAGCUCGAUGUGGAUAUUUCUCAAGAAUACAAUUUCAUGAAAGCAUGCCCUUAGGCUUCGAAAAAGUCAGUAAUCGAAUUGCGAAAGGAACUUUAUGUGCCGUCUGCAACGUACGUUCUUAAAGACGAAUGGGGAGGGGGGCUUAUUACAAAUUUCAAAAUACUCAAACACGUUUUCUGUGAUGAUGAUGGAAAACAACCAUUAUCUGGGUGUAAAAGCGUCUAUCAAAACAAUGUAGUCUACAUUACCGUGUUGUACUAAUAAACAGAUAAAAAUCUCUCAAUAGACCACGCAACAGAAUUAUACCAUCUAUUUCGAACAGUAAAUCUUUUAACGUUUGGUGUAAACUUGAUAAACCUGGACUAUCCUCACAGGAGGCGUGUUGUUCGUGUAAAUAUUAACACUAGUGCUUACCUAUUUGUAACGGAAUCUGAUGUACAACGUCUGUAUACGUCUUUUUAACAAAUAGUGAUAUUGUAACAGACUUUAGCUUCUUUUGAGCUUGUUUUGUGGUGACAUGACGCAUUCAAAACCUAACUUUAUCGCAUAGAUGUAUUUAUAGAAAUGCUUAUAAAUUGCUGUAAAUUAUAUCUACUUCAGGUAUGAAAUAAAUCAAUUUAACACAA